UACACAUUGCACAUUAAAUGGUGGUGGAAUAUUGAUAAAAGCCUCGUGCAAGAACGUUCUAUCGUCGAUAUCACGCGAUCGCCGACGUGAUUACAGCUGCCAAGAAAGCUUUACAGACAUGACGAGCAACGAAAAAGCCAACGCGCAGUACGUACCAUCGUUUAGAAUCGAGGAUAACAUAUUGAUUGGCGCGGAGGAAACUUAUCCGGAAUGCACGAACAUCGGUGAACUGAUUCUCGAUAAAUUGAGGAAUAAGCCGGAUUUCGUCGGACAGGUAGAGAUUGCUUCGGGAAAAGAGAGUACCUACGCGGAAAUAAGAGAACGAAGUAUCAAAUGUGCGCUCUGGUUAAGAAAGCACGGCAUCCAGAAAGGUGAUAAAGUUGGCAUAUGGACUGGCAAUCACAUCGAUACCUACAUACCAGUAUACGCAAGUUUGUAUGUUGCCGCAGUAAUAUGUCCGUGGGAUGACAAAGUAUCGAAAAUAUCCGCACGGUACUGUCUAUCGUUAAUAUCCCCGAAAGUGGUCUUCGCGAACGCGAAUUCCGUUGAGAAUCUGGUGGAAGCUGCAAAGGAAGAAAAUUUACAAGUUAAAAUCGUAGUUAUUGGCAGUCUACCGGGAUUCGUGUCUUUGACGGACAUUCUUCACGAUCAAGUCACCCAGUCGGAGAUCGAUGAGUUCCGUUGCACCGUAGUCGAUAAUCCUCGUGACACAGCGAUAAUCUGUGCUUCUUCCGGUACAACGGGUAUGCCAAAAGGAACCGAACUGUCUUAUGUGUCUUUUUACAACAGUAUCACUGCCAUCGAAGAGGUGAAUAUGAUCAAUGAGGUAUCAUUAUGGUUCCCUACCAUACGAUGGCACUGUGGACUGACUAUGCUGUUCGAAUUGAUUAUGUCGAACGCAAAAUGGAUUAUCGCUUCAAAGGAAAUAAUUAGCAACGAAGCCCAACUAUGCAAAGUCAUUCAGGAUAAUGGGGUAACAUGGUUCGGAUGUGAUACAUCCUUUGCGCAUUAUUUACUCAAACAUAAUAUUUUACAAAAAUAUCCUAUGUCGUCCCUGAAAAAACUCGUUGUAACUGGUGCGCCAUUUACAAAAGAAAUACAAGAAGCUACAGCAAAAAUAAUGCCACAUACCCAAAUAUUAAAUUGCUAUGGCUUGACUGAUGCCGGAGGAUUGUGCGCGAGCCAAGCAAAAAAUAGUAAGCCAGGUUCCUGUGGCUUUGUAACUAAGGGAAUACGAAUAAAGGUGGUAGACGAAAAAACCGGUAAAGUUUUAGGGCCUAACGAGAGAGGUGAACUUUGUAUAAAAUCGGAAUUCAUAAUGAACGGAUAUCAUAAAAAUCUAGAAGACACUAAAAGUGCUAUCGAUUCAAAUGGCUGGCUGCAUACUAAAGACAUAGUAUAUUAUGACAAGGAAGGCGAAAUUUUCUUCGUCAACAGAAUUUCGAAUUUUAUUAACUACCAUGGCAUUAAAUUAUCACCUGUGGAAAUAGAAGGAAUACUUGAAAUUCAUCCUUCAGUUCUCAGUGCUGCAGUGGUUCCAGUACCAAAUGAAAAGAAUAUAGAACACCCGAUGGCAUUUAUUCAGAAAGUAACCGGGAAAGAGGUAACAGAACAGGAAUUGCAUGAUCUAGUGGAUAAAAAUUUACCGGGCUAUUGUAAACUUGUAGGAGGGAUCAAAUUUAUGGACAAACUUCCGCGUGUCAGUACUGGAAAAAUUGAUAGGAAACAAUUAAAAGUAAUAGCAAAAAAUUAUGCCAAUUAAACUAAAACAUACACAUUUCAAGAUAAGUAGACAUAGUAUCGUGUAAACUAUCUUUAAAUGUAUGUGUGUAUGUGAUAAAGAAUGCUUACAAAAUAAAAGUAGAGAUGACAAAUAAAUAUCGUCGAAGGAUAUUGUCGAAAUACAUCGGUUAUAUAAAAUUUUGAUAGAGAUUAUUUUUUUCCCACACCUGCUUAAAGAUUAUUUCCAGUAUCAGAUUAAAUUUAAUAAAAUUUAAUUGUAUUUGGUUCACAUUUAUAUCACAUCUAUUUACUUUUCGUGUAUGUAUAAUAUUUAAUAUACUAUGAUAUAUGCAUGCAAAUAUAUAAAGAUUUUUCAAUAAAGGUGAUUGGUAUAUCACACGAAAUUGUGAAUUUAUGGAUAGUAACGAAAUACAUAAAUUACAUGUAAUGAGAUAAAUACGCACACUA